AUGAGUCAGUUGUGUGAAGUUUGUGGGCUGAACGAGUUCAAAUACAGGUGUCCAAAGUGUUUGAAGAGGAGUUGUUGUUUAGAGUGUAGCAAAAAACACAAGUUCGAUGAAGAUUGUUCUGGAUUGAAGUAUGAAAGCACUGAAUAUAUAUCUAGUGAGGUGAUAAAGGGUGCUGAUGAUGAGAAGUACGAGUCGAACCAUCUGGUUCAGAGGGAUUACAAUUUUUUGAUGAAGAUCAAGAGGGAUUUGGAGUUGAGUGCGACUGAUUCCAAGAUGAAGAAUAGGACUAUCUUGCAACAGCAAGGGAAAGGUAACUACAGGGUUUCGAAGCCAGUGUCAGUAUCUUCAGAGUGUCACAGUGUAGUGAGAAGGGGAGUAAAUUGUCUGCUGUUGCCCAGGGGUAUGCAGCGGUCGCUACAAAACAAAAGUAAAUGGGAUAAACCGUUAGAUCUAUUCGUAUGGACGUUAGAAUGGGUGUUGUUUCCCAUGUCAGGAGACAAUGGUAAUGAUGUGUUUUCCCAUUUAAGUCACAGGGUGAAAGAAACAAACACUGUCGUUGAAAGCAUGGGCAAGAUUAUUUUCAACAAGUGUUGUGAAUACUAUAAUCUUUCGAAGGCUGAUACAGAUGACAAAGCCAAUGGGGUAGAGACCAAACAGGAGAGGACCGAUCUUUUGGUAAAUUGUGGGCUGAAAUUUUACACGAAGCAUUUCCCUGAGCAUAUCCCAACGAUGAUGGAUUCUAAAAAAUUGAUUGAAAUAGAGCCAUCAAACGUCUGCAUUGGUGAAAUUUUCAGAAACAAAACAGUGAUAGAGUUCCCAACGAUAUUUGUAGCGUUGGAUGUCAACGAUAUACCAUCAGAGUUCGAGAUAGUUGGGAGGAAAACAGACGUUGUUGAAACGCAAGAAGAAGAAUCUGGAUCAGAUUCCACAAGCAGCAGUAGCAGUAGCAGUAGCAGUAGCAGUAGCAGCAGCAGUGACGAAGCACCAAUGGAAGAACCGUCAACAAACAACGGAGCAUCCAGCACAUGUUUUAGAAACACAGAAACCAACGAGAGUGACUGCGACAGUGACAGCGACGAUUAUACCCCCGGUGUCAAUCUAGACUUUAUGGCAUUCUAA